AUGACGGUCCGCACGAUCCAACAACGAGUUGAUGCUCCACAGAACGAGACGGGCAUGCGCCUGGAGGACCGCGUGGCGUUCGCGUGCAUCUUCCUGCCGGACGGGAAGCUGCACGACUACCUGGCGGCCACGUGGAGCUCGCUGAGAGAGGACGGCUCGCUGGCGGCCCUGCUGCUGUCGGGCGCGGGGCCCGAGGGCGCGGGGGCUCUGCAGCGCUGGCUGGAGCGCACGGGCGACCUGCAGAGCGCGGCGCUGGUGGCGGCGCGCGCGUGCCCGGCCGAGCUGGUGCGCGAGGGGCGCGCGGCGAGCUGGCUGGCCGAGUACCGCGCGCUGCUGGACGCGUGGCGCCUGUGGUGGCCGCGCUGCCUGCUGGACACGUGGUUGGCGGCGGCGGGCGCGGGCCCGGAGGCGGGCGCGGGAGCCGCCGUGGCCUGCACGUACUGCGGCAAGCCCGUGGCGGCGGCGGGGGGCGCGCGGCCUCGCCCCGCCUUCGCUCGCCUGCCGCCGCCGGCCGCCAAGAUGAAGGUGCCCUUUCAAAUUGAAUCCACGUCAUAUUGUUCCUCCAACGUUUGUCGAAUUGUUACUACAAAUAUUCAUAUUCUGUCUAGUCCAAGCCGCUCAGUUCUGUUGAUGACUUUAGUUUCGGAGCAAGUGUCGUCGUGCCCCAACUGCCGCAAGCCCCUGCCUCGCUGCGGCGUGUGCUCGCUGCACCUGGGCACGGGCGCGGCGGGGUCGGCGGGCGCCAUGGUGGCGGUGGGCGCGGUGGGCGCCGUGGGCGCGGUGGGCGCGGCGGCGGGCGCUUCGUUCGCAGGCUGGUUCAGCUGGUGCGUGUCGUGUCGUCACGGCGGGCACGCGGCGCACCUGCUGCAGUGGUUCAGCGAGCACGCCGAGUGUCCCGUCAGCUCGUGCACGUGCCGCUGCAGCGAGCUCGACCCGCCGGACGUGCCGCGCGCCUGA